AUGAUGAGUAAGAGAAUACUAUUUUUUGGAGACAGCUCGCAAGAGACGAGUUUUCUCCUGGACGCAAUUCUGAAGAAAGGGAAGGGCCAGGGGCCUUUGCUUUGCCAGUUCCAGGAGGAUGUUCGACUCGCUUUGCAGGAAGAGGUUUCUCGAUUACCCUCUAUUCAACAAGCUGCAUUUCCCGACUUUCGCGCCCUUGACGACUUGAAAGGUGGUCACAUUGAGGGUGAUGGCCAGCAUCCCGCAUUGCAUCUGGCGGAGGUCGUUUUCGUCCAGUUGGCCUACUUCAUCAAUGCACACGAACAAGAAUCCAAAGUUCCAUAUCCAGAUGCUGAAGGUAGUAUCUGCGUCGGCACAUGUGUAGGGCAGCUUGCUGCUGCUGCCGUAUCUUUAUCAGUAUCACUUUCUGAUCUGAUACCCUUGGCUGUCAAGGCAACUGUAUUAGCAUUCAGAACCGGCAUUCUCACUGAAAUUGUUGGGAACAGCAUUGAAUUAAAAGAUCCUGAUGGUGGGAGUUGGGCAAUGUCCGUUCCAGCUAGUAUGGGACUUGGCGAUGAGCAGGACCUCGCGACGCUUCAGGAUAAUCUGAAAAUACCUCCUCACAAGCGAGCAUGGAUAUCUGCGUUCGGAAACACCACGAUCAGUAUAGGUGGACCGCCAUCCAGUCUUGAACAGAUCGCAACUCACCUCAUGUCGCUUCCCAAUACUGGGAAAACUUCUAUUCUACGUCGACUCCCAAUUUACGCGCCAUAUCACGCGAAAGACUUAUUUUCAAGAACGCAAGUUGCUGAGUUGUUGAGGCAGGACGGAUUGUCCCUUGUAUAUGAUUCGCACCGAGUCUCAAACCAACGAAAGUGCCUGAUCCCUGAAAGUAUCCUCAGCCCCGAGAACUCAGAUACUGGAAACAAAUUCUUCGAGGACGUACUGUUCGAAAUUCUGGCGAAACCGGUGGAUUGGGAAUCUAUGCUCGCUCAUUGCAAAGCUGUAUUGAGGCAAGAAGAGAAGUCCAAAUCUUCCUGUCGUGUACAGACAUUUGGGCCGGAGCUUCAAGGAAAAUUCUUCGCUAGCGGUCUUCAGAAGAUGGGCGUUGAAGACGUAACGUUCGAUUGUGACUCGGGCAGAGUGGACGAGAAUGAGCGACCAAGUCAAAAUGUACCUCUGGCGAUUAUCGGAAUGGCCGGACGUUUCCCUUCUGCGCGGAAUACUGACGAAUUUUGGAAAUUGCUCGAAGAAGGCGUCGAUACUGUGCAAGAGGUGCCUAUCCAGCGUUUUGACAAGUCUCGUCACUUCAAAGACAGGAAGAUAUGGGGUUGUUUCAUAGAUGAACCGGGGAUGUUUGACCCACGCUUCUUUCACAUGUCUCCCAGAGAGGCAAUCAACACUGAUCCAGCCCACCGAUUGGGGCUCACAACUGUUCAAGAGGCCAUGGAUAUGGCUGGAUUCGUGCAAGAUAGCACAUUAUCCACGGAUUCUUCCGAGAUCGGUACUUUCUGGGGCAGCGCAACUGAAGAGUACAAGGAGGAAUAUAUGAGUCAGCAUGUAGAUCCAUAUUACAUUCCCGGUAGCUCAAGGGCCUUUGGUCCGGGCAAAGUUAACUUCAUAUACGGAUUCGACGGGCCAGCAGUAUCGUUCGAUACUGCAUGCUCUUCCAGUAUGGUAGCUUUGAACCAUGCAUGCAACAGUCUUUGGAACCAUGACUGCGCCACCGCGAUUGUCGUAGGCUCCAAUAUCUUAGCAGCUCCUUACAGCUACAAAGGUUUAGACCUGGGGCACUUCCUCUCCAAAACUGGCCAGUGUAAGACAUUUGAUGAGCAUGCUGACGGCUAUUGUCGCGGAGAGGCCGUCGCAACCAUAUUGGUCAAGAGGUUGACUGAUGCUGUUGCUGAUGAUGACCAUAUCCUCGGCGUGAUACGCGCAAUCUCAACAAACCACUCCAGCAGCUCGGAAUCGAUUACAAGACCACAUGGAGCGACACAAGAGAGACUCUUUCGCAGGAUCCUAUCAAAGGCGGGCUUGAGACCAGAAGAUAUUAGCUACGCAGAGAUGCACGGUACAGGCACUCAAGCUGGAGACACGGUGGAGCUGGGUUCCGUGUCAAGUGUGCUGGCUCCGGAGCGGAGAAGCGAUCGAAAUCCGCUGUAUGUCGGUUCUGCAAAAGCAAACGUGGGUCACGGGGAAGGUGCCAGCGGCAUCACGUCCCUGGUGAAGUGUCUCCUGAUGCUGCGGGAGAAAAAGAUCCCGCCUCAUAUUGGUAUCAAGUCAGGCAUCAGAAGGCGCGUUCCUGAUAUAGAUGCGCGCAAUGUGCGCAUUGCGUCUCGUUUACAAGACUGGGAUGCGCCAGCAGAAUCGUGUGAAGGCCUUCGCCGCGUCCUCAUCAGCAAUUUUUCGGCAGCUGGUGGAAACACGUCAAUGAUCCUGGAGGAAGCUCCUCCCAGGCAGCGAGUAGCUACAAGCGAUCAAGCGAGGCCGGCAGUCAUUGUGGUCAGUGGAAAGACAGAACAAGGGAUGAAGGCUAAUAUGCAAUCUCUCAUCGACUGGAACACAAAACAACUGGGCCUUGAUCUACCGAGUAUCUCGUACACCACCACUGUGCGCCGUCCACACUUCGACUUCCGAUGCGGUCUUGUAGUGUCAGACCAGAAAGACCUGGAGAAGCAAUUAAGGUCGAAGUUGCAGGCCCACACCAAUAAACCCCCCAAGCCCGCAAGCACCAAGGUGGUAUUCACUGGGUACACCAACUUGCGGCCUUCAGCUUUGGGAGAGCUCUUCGAAACGUCCAAACUUUUUCGGACUGAAGUACUCGGACUCGACCAAAGCGUUGAAAGACUGGGCUAUACAUCGACAAAAGCUUAUUUUGUUGACAGCAACGACCAGAAUCUCUCGUUUCUACAAAGGCAACUGGGCUAUGUGAUUUCUCAAAUCGCAAUGUAUCGGCUUGCCACAUCCUGGGGAGUUGUCGCAGCUGCUGUCACAGGCCAUAGUCUUGGAGAAUAUGUAGCCCUUUGCGCCAGUGGCGUCAUCUCGACGGACGAUCUGCUUUACAUUACUGGGUUGCGUGCAACCGCAUUGGAACAAAGAUGCCAGGUCAACACUCAUGGUAUGCUGGCUGUGCGAGUAUCCCUGAAAGAGGUCGAAAGGCACUUGAGCCUUGAGGAAUCGGGGGUUGAGGUCGCCUGUUACAACAGUCCAACGGACAUCGUUCUAUCCGGGUCGGUCCCCCGGCUCGAAAGCGUAGAGAGACAAUUGAAGAGCGUAAACAUCCAGUGUUCGCGCAUCGACACGCCGUUUGCGUUCCAUUCGUCCCAAAUGGAUGUUCUGGGCGACGAUCUCAUCACAGCUCAGCGUUGCAUCAAGUUCAACGAUCCUCGGACGCCGCUGCUAUCGCCUACGGUAGGCACAGUGGUAACGUCGGCCAACGAACUCGGAUCGGACUUCUUCAAGCGACAUACGCGAGGGAGUGCCAAAUUCUCGGAUGCCUUGAGGGCGGAGAAAGAAGCGCAGUCGAUCUGGGUUGAGGUUGGACCGCAUGUCAUAUGCAGCCCCAUGAUCAAGUCAAGCCUGAGUCUUGUGGAAGCCAACUUGCCGUUGAUGAGAAAAGAUGCCAGUGUCUGGUCGACGGCGGGGAAGAUGCUUGUGAGUCUGUACAAUGCCGGCCACACGGUCAACUGGAAAGAGUUCCAUCGCGGCCAAGAGGGAUUACGGCACCUGCCAAGCCUGCCGUCCUAUGCACUGGACGAACAACAUUACUGGUUGCCGCAAGUCCAGCACAGCAGUCCAGCCUCAGCUGCGAAAUCUUUGCCGGACACAGCACCGCUGCAGCAGAACGCAUCUGCACUAAAUGUCGACCUCCCGUUCAAGUCGCUGCACAAGCUCUUGUCUCGAUCUGAGCAAGAUGGCUUUCUCAUGCUCAUCUUCGAGACGGAUCUUCUGCACCCUCAUCUUUACGAAGUCAUGCAGGGGCAUAUGAUGAACGAUUCCUAUCUCUGUCCAGCCGGCCUAUACACCGACGUUGCACUGGCGAUCGGAGAACAUCUGCGGCAGAGUGAGAUCGAACUUCAAGCCGGCUACCGGGCCUACGUUUCUCUGCUGCAGAUCGAUAAAACGAUCAUUGCACCACACAAUCGGGAUGGACAAACCCUAGUGAUGCGCAUUGUUUCAAAUACGGACCUGCUCGAUAAGUGUACGAAGGUGCGCUUCGAAACAACGGGACCUAAGGGCUCGCAAGUCCAUGCACGAUGUCAAAUCGGCUUUGAAAAAAGGCAAGACUGGCUUUCCGAGUGGUCCGCUGUGCAGGAGACUGUCCUUGAGGAUAUGCACCGCUUAGAGGCAAAACUCUUUCGAGGACUGUCACAAAAGUUGCGCUCGGAACUCGCCUAUCGACUGUUUGACAGUGUCUUGGUCUAUGGCGAGAAGUAUCGAAGUAUGAAAGAAAUCAUCGCCGAUGAAACGCAACUAGAAGGAAUGGCUACCAUUAAACUCUACCAGGGUAGCGACUGCAACGGCUAUGUCUGCUGUCCUUAUUGGAUGGACGGCACGGCUCAUCUUGCCGGUUUUCUCGUGAAUGGCCUGCGAGAGAAUAGCGGCAAGGUUGUGUACCUGUCACCUGGGUGGGCGAAUUAUCGCCUUGCGGAUCCAAUCGACCCCACGGCCAACUACAAGAGCUAUGUCAAGUUGCAAGACCACGGGUCAACUGUGACUGCUGACUGCUAUGUGAUUUUGAAUGAUCGAAUUGUAGGGAAACUGGAUGGCCUCAAAUUUCACAAGAUACCACGAUCGGUGGCAAACAAGAUAUUGCCCCCGGGUGUCCAACGGAGCGAAGAGCGGUACCGUACCACCCCACCACCAGUAAAAUCUGGCCAGUCUACACCUCCCUUGGACGAGAGUGAUGUCACUGUAAGCGACGACGAGUCAAGUGAAGUUGGGGACGACUUCCCAAUGCCAAUGGUCAACCUGAAGCAAAUAUUGUACGAUGAAACGGGAGUUGCUGAAGAAGAUAUUGAUGCCGAUACUGAACUCGCCGACAUGGGAAUCGAUUCUUUACUCGCCCUCACGCUCGGUGACCGAUUACGCGAUGAGUACAAGCUAGACUCUCUUUCACCGGAUCUAUUCACAACCUGCCCUACGUACAGCUCAUUGGAGAUGUUCAUUCAAAAGAUCAGGAAGCAGGGAAAGCUACCCCCAAAGGAGACAGUCAGUCGCACAACGACUGCCACAGCAGUCCCAAGUGAGGUGCAGAAGGCGACUGUCGAGAAAUCUCAGCAAAUGGAACAAAUACGCAACCUCGUUGCGGAACAAAUGGGGGUGAAUCCAUCCGAGCUGUCACCAUCUGAUGAUUUGCUCGACCUAGGUCUAGACUCCUUGAUGAGCAUUGAAAUAGUUGAUCAAUUACGCUCCAAUCUCGGGUUUGACCUGGACUCGGCUUUUUUCUCAUCAGCAAACACAUUGCAGCUCGUCGAGGAAACGCUUUUCCCAAAACCAUCAAAGCUUGAAGUUACAGGCUUGAUCACGACACCUGGGCCGAAGGACACAGUGAAGAAGUCAACCAAAGUCAUCAGCGGCCAAAAGCUUGCUUCUGUGCUUCAAGGGAAUCCCGGAAGCCCCCAGAAGAAGACUUUUCUUUUCCCUGAUGGUACUGGUUCUGCUAGUGUGUAUGCGCAGUUACCUCUUAUCGACAAAUCGAUAUGUAUCAUUGGUUUUAAUAGCCCGUAUCUUAAAAAAGGUGUCGUAGACGGUGCUACAGUCGAAGAAAUCGUUGGUGUCUGGGUGGACGAGCUACAAGCGUACCAACCAGAAGGACCCUAUGUUCUGAGUGGAUAUUCCAGCGGCGGCUAUUAUGCGUAUGAAGCCGCCAAAACACUCAUGAAUCGUGGCCAAUCUGUGGAAACGCUGAUCUUGAUCGAUGUGCCGUCUCGGUCUACCUAUGAUGCGUUCCCUGCAGGUGCGCUUGACCUGAUCGCUGGCGGUAUAGAUGUCACAGGCAACGGUAGCAAAGAGACCCCGGCCUGGCUUCUUGACCACUUUCGGACGUCAAUACAAGCAAUUCAAGCUUACAGGCCUACGGAAGUGAAGUGUACAUCACAGCCAAAAUUAUAUCUGAUUUGGGCAUCUGAAGGCAUAGAUGAGCUGAGGCAUGCACUGUUCUCGCAGGACGAGAGCAAUCAAGGAAUCGAGAAGUUUUUUGCCGGGAAUAGAGGCCUUCCGAGGCCUCAUGGUUGGACGCAACUCAUCGCUUCGGAGAACAUUCGCCUAGCUGCGACAUCCGGCAAUCACUUCAGUAUUCUACAUGCCCAAAAUGUAAGUGUAAAUGGCUCUUUGGUGGUUUCAUGCUAA